UGCAGCUUCAGCACCAACAGCACCUCAGAGGCACAGCUAGAGCAGGGAGAGACCGCACCUUCAGAUCACACCUUGUUUCUUAUCGGAGGGCAGAAAAAUGCGAGCUGCGUGUGUUUGGCCAUUUGUUGCCUGGACGUUCUGCUCUCACCGGGCAGCUGCGGAACAAACGCUUAACGACUCCUCACUCCUCGGAGAGGAGAUGUUCUCACACACGGAGAGUUUACUGAAUGUUUCGGCCAAGUCGGGGAACCGGACUUCGGGUGUUUUCCUCCUGGACUUUGACGACGGGAUGCUGGAGGACUGGCGCGCCCUGGCCAAUAGGAGGAGCAGGGGGAAGGAGGCGCAGGAGUGCUGGGUGAAGGUGCUGCUGGUGGCCGCCUACUCUCUCAUCAUCGUGGUGUCUCUGUUCGGAAACACGCUGGUGUGCCAUGUGGUGGCCAAAAACAAGCGCACUCAGUCCUCCACCAGCUUAUUCAUCCUGAACCUGGCUGUGGCCGAUAUCUUCAUCACGGUGCUUAACACGCCGUUCACUCUGGUCCGCUUUGUGCACAGGACCUGGGUGUUUGGGAGGACAAUGUGUCACAUCAGUCGCUUUGUACAGUAUUGCUCUCUGCACGUGUCCACUCUGACUCUCACCGCCAUCGCUCUGGACAGGAGACAGGUGAUACUGCAUCCCCUCAGACCUCGGAUGACCCCAGCACAGGGUGGUGUUUGGGUGGCUGUAAUCUGGAUAAUGGCCAGCUGCUUUUCCCUACCACAUGCAAUCUACCAAAAACUUCUGACUUUCACCUAUAGCCCAGAAAUGGAGCGCAGCCUUUGUGUCCCAGAUUUCCCUGAGCCAUCAGAUGUCUACUGGCAGUACAUUGAUCUCCUGACCUUCAUUCUGCUGUACAUGCUGCCGCUCCUCAUCAUCACUGCAUCCUACACCACGGUGGCUCGCAGGCUGUGGCGCCACAACGCCAUUGGCGACACGACGACAGCUCAGCACGCCACCCAGAGGAGGAAGCGGCGGAGAACCUUGGCCAUGCUGCUCCUGGUGGUCGGGGUGUUUGCUAUCUGCUGGUUUCCACUCAACUGCUACGUGGUGCUGCUGUCCAGUCAGGCCAUCCGCUCCUCAAACGCCCUCUUCUUCUGCUUUCACUGGCUCGCAAUGAGCUCCACCUGCUACAACCCUUUCAUUUACUGCUGCCUGAAUCCCACCUUCCGCCAGGAGCUGCGGCUGCUCCUCGACAGGUGCCGACUGAGGCAGAGAGCGGCGGUCGGGUUAGAGCCCCAGCGAGGUCCCCCGGUUGCCUGUGCUCCAUGUCACCGAGCCGCCUGGCCUGACAACCACGAGUCCUCCAGGCCGAGCCAUGCUUUGUCACGCCCAGGCCAGGACUCCUUGCAGCAGAGCCAUGCCUCCUCCAGUCAGAGCCACAACCUGAAAGACGCACAUGUGCUCUUCACGGCCAGGCAUCCCCUCACUGGGAAAACAGACAUCUUCUCAGUGGAGCCAAUUGUGGCUGUACGAUAACUAGAGACAGUUGCUCUCUAGCUCAGCUUUAAACUUCUCCACAAGUUUCUUCUUAACAUGUCUGUUGUGUUCAUUGGUCUUUAUUAGGUUGUUUGUUCAGUAAUGUUCUCUAAAAACCCUCUGAGGCCUUCGAAGAACAUCUGGAUUUCUACUGAGUUGGAAAUAUGCACAGAUGGACUCCAAUUUACAAAUUAAGUGACUUCAGAAGGCAAACAGUAACACUGGAUCUCAUCUAGGAAUAUCUGAAGUAAAAGUAAAAUGAAUGAAACUGCAUAUAGCACUUUCCCGAUAUUUAUUGUUAAAAAUAUUGAAUUGUCCUUUUUCUUCUUCACAUUCAUGCAUUGAACUCAAGAGUGUAAAUAAGGUGUGCCGAACAAAAAUGCAUUGCACACUUAUUUGUAUUUACUAAGAAUAUGAAAACCAUUCUCCUUUUUCCUUCUAUUUUAGAAUUAAGCACCACUUUGAUGUUUUGUACAUUUAUUCCACAAUGUCGGCACUUUGUUUAUAUAACACUCCUUCAUCAACUGCUUUGCUACUUUGCUUUAACACUUCCUCACCAUUACGUAUGAUGUUACAGCUUCUAUUAGUAUAGGUUAGGUGUCACAGCUAAAUCUUGUGUCAAUAGGUAGGAAUGUAGAUUACAUUGUGAGCAAUAGGACAUAAAAAUAUGCAACUACUAGCAUACCCUGUAUAUAAGGUAUGGAAAAACUGUAUCUGGAUUCCUUACUGUGAUAGUAAGGCUUUCACUUUGACAUUCAGACAAAGGUGAGAUAAACUCUUUCUGGAAACAGCCUAGUGUCAGCCUUUUGGCAAAUCAGUCAGUCAAAUGAUAUAAAGGACUAAAGCAGCUGAAUCACAUAGAAGCACAUAUACACUUGGCACAAAAGGAAAGCAAAUUGUGUUUGUUUGAUUGCUUUUUUUGCUUUAACAAUGCCUCUUGGAUUUGAAAACCUCUACUUCCCUUUAAACGGUGUCACAAAAUGCAGUGGUGGGUUGAGCAGCAGAGAAUAAAUUAUGGGUUGAGCAGAUGAAAAAUAGCUAAAUCAUUUUUGUUAUAACCAGACAACGUAUUCUGUAAUUCUCUAUUGGUUUGUUUCCAUUUCUUGAUUAGAUAAUUUCAGAAUGAAGAAACAAGACAGUGUAACAGUCUACUUAAAACCCAGGGGGCUCAGCAGUGCUUAGCCUUUCAUAAAUACCUCCAAAAUGCCAACAUCACCAAACUGGUGACCAGUUUGGACAAUCACUGCUGUGGGAUUACAUCCUGUUGUCAACCAGAUUUCGCAGGUCUGCUGGCAGAUUACUCUAUAAUCUCUCCCUCUUCAGUGUGGAGGCAUAGUUUCUGACAAGCCGUGCUUUUCAGGGGUAAAAACUGGCAGCUUGGAGGACAGAGGUUGGUCUCUGAAUGAGAAGAUAUGAGUUGCGCUGGUUGCAGAAUAUCAAGAAUGUCUCUCAUGAUGACAAGCCUUGAUUUUCCAGAGACAGAGAUGCCAUCUCAUACCUUCACACUGCUUUUCACCAAAACCUCUUUUGUAUUGACAGAAAGGAUUGGCGAGUUUCUUCACAUACUCAACUCUGCUGCUCAAAUCACAAAUGCAUUUUCCUUUCAAAUGCGACACAAUCUAAAGGGAAAUAAACAAGCUUCCUAGCGAUUUCAAACUCACUGCCAAGAAGCACUGUUGGAAGGAAGAAAAUGUUUACCAAUCAUAAAUAUGAAUGAUCACUCAGUAGAUUUAUGAAUAUGCAAAUCUUUUUUACUUUAAAUAUAAUUUAUUUUCCUUUUA